CAGACAGAUAAUGAUUAGCAGAAACAUAGCGACGGCCAGUUGUGCACCACGCGGCCGCAACUUCUUCCUGGACCUCCUCAACAAGGCCGCUAGUCUCACCCACCUCUCGCAAACCCACGCCCAGAUCAUCCUCCACGGCCUCCACCACGACCUCCCCACCCUCACCAAGCUCACCCACAAGCUCUCCGACUUCAAGGCCAUCCACGACGCCCGCCGCCUCUUUCUCUCCACCCCCGAGCCCGACCUUUUCCUCUUCAACGUCCUCAUCAAGGGCUUCGUAACCAACGACUCGCCUCCGUCUGCCAUUUUGCUCUAUACCCAUUUGAGAACAAGGACUAGUCUUAAGCCUGAUCAGUAUACUUACGCCUUCGCCGUAUCGGCUGCCUCGGAUUUAAAGUUCGAGAGAUUGGGGAUUUUGUUGCACGCAAAUGCGAUUGUUGAUGGGUUGGGAUUCAAUCUGUUUGUUGGGUCCGCAGUGGUUGACAUGUAUUUUAAGUUUCCACGGGUUGAGAUGGCGAGGAAGGUGUUCGAUUUAAUGCCCGAGAGGGAUACGGUUCUGUGGAAUACGAUGGUAUCUGGGUUGGUGAGAAAUUGUUAUUUCGGAGAUUCGAUAGGAGUUUUCCGGGAUAUGGUUAAGGGAGCUGUGGAAUUGGAUUCGACGACAUUGGCGACUGUGCUUCCAGCAGCAGCGGAGUUGCAGGAGUUGGAAGUGGGGAUGGGGAUUCAGUGCUUGGCUUUGAAAGUUGGGUUUGAACGUGAUGUGUUUGUGAUUACGGGUUUGGUUUCAUUGUAUUCAAAAUGUGGGGAUAUUGAUAAGGCGAGGUGGUUGUUUGGGCAGAUUGGUCAGCCGGAUUUGAUAUCUUAUAAUGCAAUUAUUUCUGGGUACACUUGCAAUGGCGAGACUGAAUCUUCCGUGAUGCUAUUUGGGGAACUGCUUGCUUCUGGGCAGAAAGUCAAUUCGAGCACAUUGGUGGGGUUGAUUCCUGUAUUUUCACCCUUCAGGCAUCUGCAGCUCACUCACUGUAUUCAUGGUUUCUGUGUUAAAUCUGGUGUUGUUUCACAUGCUUCCGUUUCAACUGCAUUAACUACUGUUUAUAGUAGAGUAAACGAAAUUGAAUUAGCACGGCGGCUUUUUGAUGAAACUCCAGAGAAAAGUUUGGCAUCUUGGAAUGCUAUGAUAUCUGGUUAUACCAAAAAUGGUUUAACAGAGAUAGCGAUUUCUCUUUUCCGGGAUAUGAUGCUCGAAUUUCAUCCAAAUCCUGUUACAGUUACAAGUAUUCUUUCGGCUUGUGCUCAGCUUGGAACUUUAAGUCUUGGAAAAUGGGUCCAUGGCUUGAUUAAAAGCGAGAAUCUCAAGUCUAACAUAUAUGUCUCAACUGCUCUAAUUGACAUGUAUGCAAAGUGUGGGAGCAUUGUGGAGGCUCAGCGAUUAUUUGACUUGGUGAAGGAUAAAAAUGUGGUAACUUGGAACGCCAUGAUUUUUGGCUAUGGCCUCCAUGGACACGGGAAUGAAGCACUAAAGCUCUUUAAUGAGAUGUUGCAUUCUGGAGUUUCCCCAACCGGGGUUACUUUUCUUUCUAUCCUGUAUGCUUGUAGUCAUGCUGGCUUGGUGAGGAAAGGAAAUGACAUAUUCCAUUCUAUGGUCCAUGAUUAUGGGGUUCGACCAUUACCUGAGCAUUAUGCCUGCAUGGUUGACAUCCUUGGCCGAGCUGGACAAUUAAAUGAGGCCUUGAAAUUUAUAGAGAAAAUGCCGGUUGAGCCAGGUCCUGCUAUCUGGGGUACAUUACUUGGUGCUUGCAUGAUUCACAAAGACACAAACCUAGCCCGUGUGGCUUCUGAAAGACUAUUUGAAUUGGAACCAGAAAAUGUUGGAUAUCAUGUCUUACUCUCUAAUAUUUACUCAGCUGACAGGAGUUUUCUAAAGGCUGCUUCGGUACGACAAGUAGUCAAGAAAAGAAAGUUGACAAAGACUCCUGGGUGCACUCUAAUUGAGGUUGGUGAGACAGCCCAUGUCUUUACAUCUGGUGAUCGAUCCCAUCCUCAAGCAACAGCAAUCUACAAAAUGCUAGAGAAGUUGACUGGAAAGAUGAGGGAGGCUGGAUAUCAAUUACAGACUGUCACUGCUUUGCAUGAUGUGGAGGAGGAAGAGAAGGAGCUAAUGGUUAACGUUCAUAGUGAGAAGUUGGCCAUUGCUUUUGGCCUUAUUGUUACUGAACCUGGAACUGAAAUCAGAAUCAUUAAGAAUCUCCGGGUUUGUUUAGAUUGCCAUAAUGCAACUAAAUUUAUAUCCAAGGUUACAGAGAGAAUUAUUGUGGUUAGAGAUGCUAAUAGAUUUCAUCAUUUUAAAGAUGGCAUCUGUUCUUGUGGAGACUAUUGGUGAAAAAUUUGUUUUUUACAGUGGUCAAGGAAAUAUAGGUGAUGUUAGAUGGUUCUACACAUGUCAAACUGUUGUGCGAUCUUUUCCUUAGAUGUGCAUGUGUUGUAUUUUCGUAAGGAGACAGAAAGUGCUUGUUGCAGUUGCUCUUCUUCCUUUUUCCCCUUAGAUGGUCCCCAAAUAAAGCUUCGCAUCUGAGGAAAAUGAUGGUGGAACAAUUUUGUUCCUGGGGAAGCACUGAAAGUAAACCAUAUGAGGUACAAUACAUGUCACUUGAA